CCGGGCGCAGGUGCUGGGGCAGCACGAACACGAGAUCCCCGAGAGCGUGAGGCCGGGGCAGCUGCUCAGGGAGCUGGGCAAGGAGAUCAGGCUGGCGGAGGAGCUGUUCCAGCAGAGCGCUGCCAAGUCGGGGUCCCCCUUUGGCCCCCCCCCGGGGGGUUCCCCCUCCCCUCCCCCCAAAAGACCCCCCCCCAAAAAAGGGGGGACCCCGGAAGCCGCCCCCCACCCCCCACCCCCCUGUGGACGGGGGGACCCCGAAAUCCCCCCUGGCCCCCCCGGAGGAGGAUGAAGAGAUGGAUCCCCCCAGUUCCAGCCCAGAGGAGACGGACCCCGACUCAGAGGGAGACCCCCAGAUCCUGCUGCCCAACGGGGGGGCUCGCCGCCCGGGACCCCGCUGGGGGUGUCGCCCCCCCCCCGUCCCCCCCCCCCGGACGUGGACUCCGAGGACGACGAUUUGCAGAUCGAUGAGACCCCCCCCCCGGCGCGGCCCCCCCCGGCCCCUGCCCCGGCUCCCCCGGAAGCUGCCCCGAGCCAAACCCUGCUCAGACCCCAACCGCGUGCGGGAGCCGGGGGAGGUCGACUUCGACAUCGAGGAGGAUUACAGCACUGAGGAAGAGGAGGGGGCCGGCAGCGCCGCCGGGCUGCUGGACCUGCUGAAGGCCAGUCGGCAAGUGGGGGGGGCCGAGUCCCCCCAGCUCAGCGAGGCCCCGGCGUCCCCCAGCACCCGUGAGGCCAUCCAGGGCAUGCUGUGCAUGGCCAACCUGCCUGCAGGCUCCCCCCUCAGCCCCCCCAGCUGCUGGGGAGGGGGCUCGGGGGCUGAAAGGGGGGCAGCUGCCCUGGGGGUCCCCCAGGAUUGUCGGGGGGGGCCCGAAGAGCCCCCCCAGCCCCCCCACAGCACCGACAGCGAGGACGAGGCCAGCCUGGACGAGCAGGACACGCUGGGGGCUUGCUUCAAGGAUGCUGAAUACAUUUAUCCCUCCCUGGAGUCAGACGAGGACGACCCGGCCCUGAAAUCGCUCCCCAAAAAGAAGAAGGUGACGGAUGAUGCGCCCUGGAGCCCCAAAGCGCGGGUGACGCCGUCGCUGCCGCGGCAGAGCCGGCCCGUGCGCGAGGGCACGCGCGUGGCGUCGGUGGAGACCGGGCUGGCGGCUGCCGCUGCCAAGCUGGCCCAGCAGGAGCACCGCAAGCUGCAGCGCAGGAAGGGUCCAGCCAAGCGCCGCCCCCCCUCACCCCCCAGCCCCGAGGAAGAGGAGGAGGAGGAGGAGGACGAGGAGGAAGAGGAGGACGAGGCCGCCCCCCCCCCGCCUCCCCCCGUUCCCGAAGCAGCCCCCGACCCCGAGCCGCCUGCUGGGGGGGGGGUCGGGGAGGCGGAACCUGACCCCCCAGCGCCCCCCAGACCCCCCGUACCCCCCCAGCCUGGCGGAUCACGAGUACACGGCUCGGCCCGGCGCUGGGGGAGGGGCUGCGGGGGGCGGCGCCCUGUUCGGGGUGGCUCAGCCGGGCCGGGCGCCCACCCCCCAUGGCCCCGGGGGUCUUCCUCAGCCAGCGCAGGACGGUGCCCGCGGCGCCCACGGCCACGCAGGGGAAACGGCCCAAGAAGGGUCUGGCCACGGCCAAGCAGCGCCUGGGGCGCAUCCUCAAGAUCCACCGCAACGGGAAGCUGUUGCUUUAAGAGGGGGGCGUGGCCACUGAGGGGAGGAGCCAUCCCAUUGGCUGGAGCGUGUGCGGGGGCGGGGCUUUCCCCGCGGGCUGGCAGCGGGGGGCCGCUGAUUGGAGGAGGAGGGGAGCGGAGCUUUGUGAUUGGUCCGUUCUCCCCUCGCUCCCUCCCCCGGUCAGAGGCGCCUUCGGGGGGGGGGGGGCGGGUUUGGAGGCCGCGGCCCCGCCCCCGUGUUUUGUAUUUGUUAGAAUAAUUAAAAACCCGAAAAAACCCCAGAACUGAAA